CCAGCCCCAGGAACCGAAGGAGAGAUGAUGGUGGAAAUAUUAAAAUAUACUGAAAGGAUAAUUUCAAUGAUUCGGCCUCGGAAGCUGCUUUACUUGGCAAUAGACGGAGUGGCUCCACGUGCAAAGAUGAAUCAACAACGCUCUCGACGGUUUCGAACUGCCCAAGAGGCCAGAGAGAAAGACGAGGAGGCUGCAAAGCAGAUGGAGGAGAUUGAAGCAGAAUUAAACAUAGCUCAAGGAGGAAUGGUCGAUCCCGAACUCAGAGAAAAAAAGACUUGGGACAGUAAUUGUAUUACGCCAGGUACCGAAUUCAUGGCGAACUUGUCUACAUGCUUACGGUAUUGGAUUUCAGAGAAGCUAAACAACGAUCCAGGCUGGGCCAAGUUGAAAAUAAUACUUUCGGACGCUAGUGUACCUGGUGAAGGAGAACACAAAAUUAUGGAUUUCGUUAGGGCACAGCGUUCUAGCUCUCAAUAUGAUCCCAACACUAAACAUGUAAUCUAUGGUUUG